AUGUUCUAUCUCAGCACGCUGCCGGAGGUUUUAGCGUUCACGCUAAACCACAUCAAGCGGAAGAAGCUGAGGAACGUGCUGGGAUUCGGCUAUCAGUGCAGCAGCGUGGCGGCCUGUUCGGACCCCUUCCGUUUCCACGGCGACGUUUCGCAGACGGCCGCCUCCAUCAGCACCAGCGAGCUGUGGAAGCGGAUCAACCAGCGUCUGGGAACAGAAGUCACGCGAUACCUGCUGCAGGAUUGCGCAAUCUUCGCCACCGUCCCGCCGUCCUGUUUGCUGCAGGUGUGCGGCGAGCCCGUGUACGAUCUUCUGCUGCCGCGCACCUGGUCCGGAUUCUUCCUGGACCACGGCGCGACUCAAACGUCGUACGGCGUGACGCGGAAGACUCCCGUCGGCGUCGCGCGGAAGAAAGUCGCGAGGGAUGAUAAGAAAAUAGUUUCGAAAAAAAAGAGAGCGAGAGCGGAGGAAAUGGACGACAAACGGGAAGAUCGUCCGGUAGUAAAGAAGCGACGGCUUACGAUGGACGAAACCGACGGUUCGUUAAAUGCGCGAAACCCUGAAAGUCACGGAUCGCGGAGCUGGAAACCGGCGGAUCAGCCUCCUCCGCGACCGUCGCGCUGUUCCAUCCGCGUUUUGAGUAUGCUUUACGGUGGGCGGGGCUUGAAGGGCUUCCUGCUAAACAGGAAGAUGAAAGCAGGUGUGGGCGGGGCUAGACGGCUGCAGGGGGCGGAUCUCGUGCGCAUCAUUUUCCUCCAAUCAGAGUCCAACGUGUUUGACGGACAGGCCAAGUUUAGAAAGCUUCCCAAGCGUUUCUUCGCAAUGGUUCCCUUGUUCGCGCGGCUCUUGCGGCAGCACAGGAAGUGCCCGUAUGCUCUCUUCCUGCGCAGGAAGUGCUCGGCGAAUCCAGAGACGGAGGAUAUGGAGUCGCUGCUGAAGUCGCACUUGUCGCCUUACAGGGUGUAUCUGUUUGUGAGGGAGUGUUUGCGAUACGUUGUUCCCGAGGAACUCUGGGGGUCACAGGAAAACCAGCUCCACUUCCUGUCCAACGUGAAGAACUUCCUGCGUCUUGGGAAGUUUGAGCGUCUCCCAUUGGUCCAGCUGGUGUGGAAGACGAAGGUCAAGGCCUGCCAUUGGCUGGGGCUCAAGAAACGUCCGUGCGCGAGCGAGCACCGCUACAGAGAGUGGAUCUGCGGGCAGUUUCUGGGCUGGAUGUUGAGCGGUUACGUGAUGGGUUUGGUCAAAGCGCUGUUCUACGUCACCGAGAGCAUGGGACAGAAACACACGCUGCGCUUCUACAGAGGGGAAGUGUGGCUCAGACUGCAGGGAAUGGCCUUCAGAGCUCAUCUGUCUAAGGGCCAGUGGAGGGCGCUGUCUCCAUCUCAGGCCCUAAAGUUCCCCAAGACCACAGUAACGUCCCGAAUCCGGUUCAUCCCGAAGGUGAGCAGCAUGAGACCCAUCACUCGCCUCGCGGGACCCAGAGAGUCGCUGCAGGUGCGUCUGUCAGCCGCUAAUUAAACAC